GUUUUAAACAGAAAAUCUAAGCAACACAAAUUAUCUCGGUUAGCCGCCGCUGUUAGGGAGACCUAUGAGCCGGAAGCGGCGAUCACGAAUAGCCGCCGCCGCGGCCGGCGACAUUGCGGAAGACCGAAUCUCAGAACUCCCGGAGGAAAUCAUCCACAACAUCCUUCAUCGCGUAAAGCCCUCGAGCGAAGCGGCAAAAACGAGCCUUUUGUCAAGGAGAUGGCUCCAACUCUGGCGCUUUUACCCUGUCGUCGAGUUCCGGGAUCGGGAUUUCAAUUGGGAUUUUGAUGAAAUUAGAAUUAGGUUCGAAAGCUUCGCCGCUGCUGCUUACAGGAGGCUGCUGCAGCCUCAUAACCAUGGGAAAACAGCAGCAGCACCACCACCAAUCGCUCUGGACGCCUUCAGGAUUUCGUUACAGUGCCCGCGUCUAAACGAGGAGCUGCUGGACAAGUUGCUGGCUCCCGCGUCGCUGUUGCCCGCCGCCGACGACGAUGGCAGCAGAUCGCCGCUCGAGAUUGUGGUUCAUACAAUUCCCACGAUGUAUGUCAUUCCCUUUUCCUCACCUUAUAGUUUUCCCGAUGGAACAUUUUUGAACUGCCGCCGCACCAGAUCUCUGAGCCUGAGUGGUUGUGACCUGAGGAGCCAAUAUCGCAGCAAUUGGAGUAGUAACAAUAUUUGUCUGGAGGAUCUCUGUCUCAAUAGCACUCGGAUUAGCGAGCAGAUGUUGCAGAGCUUCCUGGGGAAUGCGCCUAAUCUCGAGAAGCUGAGUUUGAGCUGGAUUCAAGGGGUUGAGAGCCUGGACCUCUCUCACCCUAACCUGAAGACCAUUUUCAUCGGCGGAAAUUUUGGCUCUGUUCUGCAAAUCCAGCUUACUUCAGCUCCUCUGCUGCACACACUCCGCUUCGAGAGCACAUUGGAUUGCAAGCUGAACGUGGCGUCGAAAUUUUCAAUCCCGAAUCUCAAAUUCAUCCACAUUAGAAACGACCCCUGGACGGGAUCGAAAUGGCUCGGCGAUCUCGAGGACUUGAUUUCCAAGUCCCCAUCUCUGGAGUCUCUCGACUUUCACAAUGUCAGAAACACAGAUGAAAGGAAGCCGCUGCCGUGGCUGAGGAUUGACAGCCCGAGCUCGGCUUCCAAGCUCCGGACAUUAAGACUGAGCUUUUCGAAAACGGAGAGGCCAUUGGAGAUCGAUGCUCCUAAUCUGGUUAGUCUCUGCAUCGCCACCGACUCUGCCAUCAACGUUGAGGCUGUCAAAGUGGCUUCCGACUGCAAAUGUGUAAUUGACUGGCAUAUCAGCCGUGAAAACAAGUUGACUACGGGAUGGUUUGUUGAGUUGAGGCGGUUUCUUGCAGCACUGACCCGUUCAUUCCGCCACCAACCGGUUUUGAAGCUGCACUUCCCAUCAUACUGCUACAAUCCAGAGGUAUCUUUCUCUUUGAGUGAAGUCAAAAGUGUAUCCUCUCCUAUACCGGAGGUGCAAAACUUACAAUUCGGAAGCUCUUUCUCGUCUCCGCUGUCCAACAUGAGACAUGCAAAAGCUAUCAUUUUCCUUGAAGCUCUUCUUUGGACUUGUCAUCCCAACACAAUAUCUGUAGCCGAACAGUCUGAUCCUCGGGACUCACAAAGAUCCUUGACCAAAUUUCAGCGUAUUUGGAAGCAGGUUGCAAACAAGAACCUUGAAAGUUCAAGUUGUGGUGGAGAUGUUCAGCAUUGGCAAGAUGGACUGAAGGAUGUGAAUAUAAUGAGUGACACCAUCGAUGCGGAUUCAGCUCUUACACGGAAUUAUAUUUGUUUUACAUUGACCUAGCUAGUGUGACUGUGAGUAAAUUAUUUAAAUGUACCUACGAUAAAUUUUUAGUGAUUCCAUGCUUUCUCUACAUGUUCAUGGCUUAAUUCCAAAUUUGGUCACUCGAAUUGCUAUAAAAUUUCAUGUUUGCCAUUCGAAUUAAUUUAUUCCAUUUAUAGUCACUCGAAUUAGUUAAACAGUCUAAGUUCUGUCACCCUCCGUUAACUUCCGUUAGACUCCGUUAAUGACGACCGUUAAGUGAUGACGUGGCUAACAGAAAAUCACAGCAUAAUUUAACACUAAGAAAUAACGACCCGACCUGCCACGUCAUAUUUACCCGCCAUGUCAGUCCUUCUUGCCCAACCCGCGAACCAACCCAAUUAAUUGACCCAAACCCGAGACACAACCCCCCCUUGAAAAAUAAAUCAAAACGGAAAGGGUAGGAGCGUCAGACGUUUACUGCAACUCCGACGACGCUUUCCUCUGCUUCCAUUGCGACGCCAGAGUUCAGAACGCCAACUUCCUCAUCUCCCACCACCUUCGCCUCAUGCUCUGCCGGAACUGCCGCUGCCUCACCCAGAACUCCGUUUUCGGACCCAGAUCCCUGGCGUUGAUUCUUCCUUUCCCUUCCUCCCAAUCUUCCCCCUCAAGCUGUUUUUGAAUUCGAUUCCCUAAACUCAAGUGGUCACAUUAUCAUACCGCUAAUGUAGUAAUUCCCGAGUGAGUGAGUAAUUCUUUUCUCCCUUCCUCUUCUCCAAAUGGCUUAGCCUCGCCAUUCCCCAAUCUCUCUGCUCUUACCUCUCCUUCUACUCAUCACCACUGCAUCCUCCACCCAACCCCAACAGCCCUCCCACCGCCACCACACCAACAACAACAACUACUUCCAGCGAAUCCUCAUCAGCUUCUCCCUCGGCAUCGCCACCGGCCUAGCCGCCGCGUUUCUCCUCACAUCCCUACUCCGCUUACUCUUCUGCUACAUCAACCGCACCCCAAUCCUCAAAGGCCCCGUGGUCUUCUCCCCCAAAAUCCAACCCAAAUCACUCCUUUCCUCCCUCCACCAAGAGCUCCCGCUUCUGGGUUCCAACUCCAACGGAAACUACCACAAACUCCUCCUCGAAGAAACCCUCCCCAUCGCCCUCAAACGCCUAAACCCCUUCGACAUCGGCGGCAAGUGAUACUAGAUCUCAGCCACAACUCCUUCUCCGGCGAAAUUCCGACCUCCCUCGGAAACCUAAUUAAGCUGGAGAGGCUGAAUUUGUCGUGCAACCAUCUCCAGGGGAAGAUACCCAGCUCGCUCGCCAAGCUCACCAGCCUCCACAGGCUGGACCUGUAGAACAACGACCUUCGAGGGCGAAUUCCCGAGACGUUCUCCAGAGGGGUUGUGUGGUCAGCCGUUGGAGGUGUGCUUGUCAAGAGGGAAGAAGGGGAUGUCGAAUGCUGCAGUGGUGGGGAUAAUCGCGGUGAUUGUUUUCUCGUCGACGAUGAUUUAUUUUUAGGGGGGUUGGGUCUCGUGGAUAUAUACAACCAACGGUAUUAUCUCUAGCAAGGACCGUUGGAUCCAAUCGACUUGUACGACCAACCCAACCAUCGGUCAAAGAAUGUUUGGAACGAUCACCCGGUACAUACAAUUCUUCAUCAUUUGUCUUUCUUUUAUUUUGCUAAUGUAUUUGGUGGUAUAUAAAAUAAAUUUAUGUUCAAUUU